CACACACACACACAAUGAUUAGCUCUCCAUCAAACACCUGUGUGCAGUGCAGUGAUUUACACCCAUAACCUUCACUGUAUUAACCAAACACCUUUAUGUUAUAAUUCCCUGGAGUUGUGCUGUUGCACGAGGCAUCAUGAGGUAUUUUCAUUCAUUUGCUUGUAUUCAACAUUGAGAUACAAUUUGCACUUGAAUUAACUGACUACUGCGUAAAAUUACAUACAGGCCUACUCUAUUCUUUAAAUAGCAGCAAGGUCAUUUCUUUCCUUAGAUUGACCUCUCCUCCCACAAAGAUGAUCCUCUCAGAAACCAGGCUGCAGGGCACAGGGGAGAUGCUCCCCAAGUGCAUAACAAAUCUGGUUUGUUCCAUGAUACUAAUGUCUAGAGAGAUUUAGUCUAAAAUUAAUGGGAUUAAAUGUAAUUGAAUCCCCAUGGCUGAAAAGUUAACGUGGACACUCUGCUUCUCAUUAAUCAGCCAGUAUGAUCAAAGCUCAGACAUGUUAAAAUGAUGACAUAGAAGCUGGACUUUGUUCCUCCACAUAUGAGGCCAUUCCUGUGUCUGGCUCAAAGUUCAGGUCACGCAGACACUUUCAGUAUUGCCUCUGUGAGUGUUAGUGUUUCCUCUCAGUCUCUGAACAUACUGAACUACAGGAUGUCCCGUUGGGCCCUUCUUGCUCCCCUUCUGCUCCUACUGGGCCUGUUUAUCCACAGUGCUGUCAGUCAAGAGGACCCGGCUGCAGCAGCACAGACACCACCGGGCCAGGCCUCCGAUGGCACGCAGGCAGAGGAAGACGAUGAGUGGGGAAUGAACUCCAUCAGAGGAGGCUUUGAGUCAGUCAGCGGCUACUUUGAUUCCAUGCUGGAGUUCAUGGGUGGACGUGAUGGAGUGUGCCAAUACCGCUGUCGAUAUGGUAAAGCUCCCCUUCCACGCCCUGGCUAUGAGAUGCCUCAACCUAAUGGCUGUAGCUCCUACUUCUUUGGUCUUCCUGUUCCAGAGGGGAUGGACAUGGGCAUCCCUGCCAUGACCAAAUGCUGCAAUCAGCUGGAUAUGUGUUACGACACCUGCGGCUCCAACAAGUACCGCUGCGACUCCAAGUUCCGCUGGUGCCUCCACAGCAUCUGCUCUGACCUCAAGAAGAGCCUUGGCUUUGUGUCAAAAGUUGAAACAUGUGAAACUGUAGCAGACACCUUGUUCAACACAGUGUGGACUCUGGGCUGCAGACCCUACAUGAACAGCCAGAGGGCAGCGUGCCUCUGCCAAGGAGAGGAGAAAGACGAACUUUAGAUAAAAACACAAACCAUUCUCCUAUUUAUAUGACAGUAUGAGCUACAGCAGCAUAUCACAUUAUGGUGCUUUGGGUUAUGGUGUUGCAAAAGACUUUGUGACUGUGUGAGUAAUUUAUUUGGACGUUAUUGUUCUAGUUUUGUUUUCUUCCAUUUUGCAACAUUUGGAUGUUAUUGCACCAAUACUAUCUAUAGUAUCGGUAUCGGCAACCAAUAGUGUUGCUUACAGUCUAGUUGGCAGAUGACAUGGUAGAUUUUAUGACACUGAAGUGAUGAACAUCCUCUGCUGUAAGAAAAAAUGUCUGUAGUGUGAAGAUUCUUAACAGUCAAUAAAAAAAUACAGAACUCCACUUUACAUAGACAGCUUUUUGCGCAUUGUAAUACAAACUUAGUCUACUGUAUGAACACAUAAUUGUUUCAUUUCAUAGUACUAAUGAAAACCAACAGCCUCCAGAUCAGCACAUGGCAUUAGCCAAUACACCUAAAGGAGUAAAUGGUAUUCAUAUCCUUUUGAAAAAUAUUAUUUGGGCAUCUUUACUUUUACAUCUGUGUGGUAUGAAACCAAUUUUCUUUUUAUUACAUAACUCUAGAGGUACAGACUACUUUACUUUACUAUAUCUGUAUUACAAAUGUACUCUUUAGGUACUGUGCUUCCUUUCCUUCUCCUUCAAUGCUAAUGUGACCAUGCAAGCAGGUGUUUAAGAGCUAAUGUUGGUAAAGUCAACCUGAGCUGUGUCUCAAAUCCACACAUUAUAGGCAGGUUUAAAUAUGUAGUGAGUUCACACUGAAAAAGUGACAAAAUAAAAUCUACUAAAAAAGCCUUUGAUUUUUGUGUGUGCGACU